GUCUGCUGAGGGGCUUCCAGUGACCCACGUUGUCAUUUGGGUCUGAAUGCAGGGAACUUUAAAUUAUACAGCUCAGGUUGUUGUGUUCUCUGCAGCUCUGCACAUGCUGUUGUGUUUCAGAAGUGCCCUGGCUUUGUUUCAUUCCUGCUCGGUGCUGCUGGUUGGAGGCAGCCCCCACCCACUGCAUAAAAGCCCCGGGGUCCAUUUCAACCCUCCGUCUGGGGUUGGUGGGCAGAACAGCUCAGUUCCACCCGCAUUAUCCAGCAUCACUGCGGGUACCCGGCGUCCUGGCGGGGCGGGGCGUUCCGCAGGGCUGGCUCGGGGGCGGUGCCAUGGUUUGAAGCCGUGGUGGCGGUGUCGGCGUUGCUGCCGUCCGGGUGGUUCCGCCAUGCGCCGGGUGCUGCCGCUCCGGGCGCUGCUCGGGGGCGGCACGGCGGGGCGGCGUGUCCGGCUGUCGGAGCUCGGAGGGCAGCGCUGCGGAACGGCGGCUGCGGGGAGCGGAGGGAAGCUGAACGUACUGCCAUCCUUUGGGUUUCUUGUUGACAUUGAUGGUGUGCUGGUACGAGGAAAGACUCCGAUUCCUGCUGCAAGAACAGCCUUUCAGAAGCUGGUUAACUCUCAGGGGCAGUUCUUGGUGCCCGUAGUGUUUGUCACCAAUGCAGGGGAUUGCCUGCGCCAGAAGAAAGCAGAUCAGUUGUCCCAUAUACUGGGAGUUCCAGUUUCACAGGACCAAGUGAUGAUGUCACACAGCCCGCUGCGGAUCUUCAAACGUUAUCAUCCCAAAUGUGUUCUGGUAUCUGGACAAGGGCCGCUUCUGGACAUUGCUCAGGACCUGGGGUUCAGCCAGCCUGUCACCAUUGAGAUGCUGCGGGAGCGGUACCCGCUGCUGGAUGUCGUUGACCAUGACAGAGCACCUGACGUGUUGUUCUCCUCUGCUGUGGAGCUUCCCAAGAUCGAGGCUGUUGUUUUGUUUGGGGAGCCCGUCAGGUGGGAAACCAACCUUCAGCUGAUAAUUGAUGUUUUGCUGACGAGUGGCUAUCCUGGAAAUCCGUAUCACCAUGAGAAUUACCCUCAUAUACCUGUACUCGCUUGUAAUAUGGAUCUAAUGUGGGUAGCUGAAGCACAGUCUCCAAGGUUUGGGCAUGGGACAUUCAUGGUGUGUUUGGAAAACAUUUACAAGAAGAUUACUGGCAAAGAUCUGAAAUACGAGGCCUUAAUGGGCAAGCCUAGUGAACUGACCUACCAGUAUGCAGAUUACCUUAUCAGGGCUCAAGCAGCAGAAAGGCAAUGGAAGCAACCCAUUCGAACUCUUUAUGCUGUUGGGGAUAAUCUCAUGACUGAUGUUUAUGGUGCUAACCUGUACAAUCGCUAUCUUGAAGAGAAGAAUUCCAGAAAAGGCUCAAAAACGUGGAUUCAGGCCAAAGUUGCUGGAGGUAGAGGGUCUGCUGCUCUCUCUCAGGGUGAUGAGAUAGAUAACAGCUGGGAGAAUGAACUGGCAUCCUCGGCUGCUACCCACUGUAGGUCUGUUCUUGUUUGUACUGGGGUUUACAACCCACUCACGGAGGUGCCCUUGGAUACCACGGAGAGCAGAACUGAAAUGGUAUUCCAUGGCCACAGAGAUUUUAGGUUUGAUCCUGGUUUAGUAGAACCGGAUCAUGUGGUACCAGACGUUAAUGCUGCUGUAGACCUGAUCUUCCAGUUGGAGAACUUUACUCCUAAUUGAGGUGACUUGAUUUCUUCAGGACUGCUUGGUGUUAUGCUGUUCUUCCCCUAAACUGUGCUUUAAAAUCAUGCCACAAACUCCUUUCUAUUUAUUUAUUUUUAUUUUUUAAUUUACAUAAUAUAUAAAUAUGAAAGUAGAUUAAUGUGCUUAAUAUACUUACUAUAAGACUAUAUAAAUUCAAAAAAUCUGUUUAAAAUACUUGAUUUAAGAUUAUUUAAGUAUAAAUAAUACUUUUUAAGUAUUUCAAACUGUACUUUCUUGCUUUAGCUGUCUUUUAUUUGUAUCUUACUCAUUAUUUUAGGUAUUCCAGUAGUAAUUUAUCAUCAUUGCUUAUGUUUUAUUGGUACUUAAAUUCCUGUGUGACCAUUCAUUCUUUCCUUUCUUGAAAGACUUACUUUCCAGUUCUUGAAGGUCUUUGGUCAUUCACAUGAUUACAGACUGAUACAGAGCACAGUAGCUAUUCUGCAAAUAACAAGCACUCUUUCAAGUGUGUUGCUUCACAUAAGGGUUGAAUUUGAUGUUCUAUCUCUGUACUCGCUCAGAUAAUUGUGCAGCCUUCCUUUUUACCUGCUUUCCAAUUUUUCCAGCAUAUCUGGACCUGCAUUGCUGCUGCACUCUGACACAAAGCCUUAAAAGAAAUGCCAGUAUAAGCUGAUGAAGGCUGCGCUGUUAACACAAAUUUUGGAGCUCCUGCUAACUGAACAGUCAUAAAGGGAAAGCAGCGAAUAGUGAGUGUCCUGUGUGGUGUAACUCCUGGGCUCUUGUUGUUGCCUUUUUAUUUGCAUUUCUGUGGGGAAUUUUGGAAAGCUUUAGACACUGUUUUGGGCAUUCCAGCUGGAUUUCUCCACUGAUGAGUGACUGCUAUCUGGGCAAAAAGUGCCUACUGGUUUACUUGAAGCUUUGUACCACCGUGGUAGCUGACUGUCCUUGAGUGUAAUGUGUUUUGUUGUGUGUCAGUGUUAUGUGUUUGGCUCAUGGAUUUUUAUAACUUCAUUUCUAAAAAGAAAAAAACCUUAUUUUUAUAAAAUACUUCUAGCAAUUUUAAUCCAAAAGAUGUAUUUGAAAAUGUCCUCUGUGUUGGUUAUAGCACAGUGAGAUAACACUUGUGAGAUAAGCUGUGUGUCUGUCCUUUAACGCUUGGAAAACUUGAGUCAAUUAAAAGCUUAAAAAUGAAGUCAACUUACACAGAAGUAUCAUGUAAAAUCACCUCAGGAGGUGUGGGAUCUGUUAGGUUCACAAAUAAGAAAUGGUACAAACAAAUCUGGGGGUCUUCUAUUUCAUGGAUUUCUUGCAGAAGUAGCAGAAUGCUGCCUUGCAAACACUCACAGCUGGUGGCGUAAGGAGAAAUGCCUUCCUGGCCAACUUCUACGCUGCUUAUUAUCCUGAAAUCAAAAUCUAAGUCCUCUUCAUGUCACCAUUAAGUCAGGCUUUUGUUGUGUUUUCUGUUUGCAUACCACUCCAGUCACUUCUACUACUGCCAGGUUUGUUGAUUAACUCACUCACAUUUUGUAAGUAGUUUUCAACAUCCCUUGCUGGAUGCAGGGUUCUUAGUUUAAGGACACUGCUCCAAGUAUUGUAUUUUAUUUUUAUUCACUGGGAAGCUAUUUCAGCAGUCCUUUCUUACUGUUACAGCAAGUGAAUACAUGUCUGUUUCUUUGUCUCUUUUCUGUAAUGCACCAACUACUUAUGAAGCAUGCCAAAUGUUUUUAGUAAGGAAUGUUGUUAAGGCUUUGCAGGACAUGGGGUAACCAAAGUUGUGUUGUUUCAGUACUGAAGCAUGUUGCUGAAUCCUUUCUUACUGGAAACUGUUUCAGACUUUCAGUGAUGCAGGGAAUAAAAACAUAGAAGUUAAUGAAGAAUUCACUUUUCAAUUUUUCCUCCCUUUUUUUUCCCCCAUUGUGAUUUAAAAUAAAACUAUGUCACAUCUUGGAACUCUUAAACGUCAAAAAAGCAACGACCGCUCUGUAGCAGGCCCUACGUUUUUGGGCCUGGUGCCGUACCCCUGUCGGUACCUGAAGGCGGCCCGUGGGGGGCGCUGCCCGCCAUGUUGGCUGCCCGCCAUGUUGGGUUACCUCAGCGGGGACAGGGCGCCGCAGGGACUGAGGGGCUCAUCUCCAUGCUUUGUUUAUUCACAUGUAUUGUAGAAGUAAUAGUCGAAGUCGAUAUCCCUACACUGUUCUUUGAGUCCCAGGGUAUUUCAUGUUCUUCAUCCUCGUGGACAAAACCCCGCAUUGGUAAGUAAGUAAGUUGGUAAAAUGCUUCAAAAAUGGCAGGUGCUGGGAUGCAGUCAGAUUCUCAUUCCAUCCUCUUUUGGUUUCAAAUAAAUGCUGAGCACUCAGUCCUUCCUCGGUCAGUGUUUGUCAGCCCCGUUCUGCCCUGGCAGUGAUGCACCUGAAAUCAACAGACGUUGCUCCCCAAGUUUGUCUGUAGGUGACUGCAAACAUAUCAGAAAUAUGCCAGCUUAGCAUAAGUUAUAUUUAGAGUUGAUAUGUUUUUCUAAAUCUAAGAAUUGUUUGGGCUUCUUGAACGAGGAAAUAAACAGGGGCAAUAAGUGACAUUUGUUUAUUUUUCCUGUGAAAUGUGAAAAGGCAGCAGCAGCUGAAAGGCCCUGCAGCAUCUGGGCUUUGUUUUGUGGGUGCAUUUGCAGAGAUCAGAACUGGAGUUUGCCAGCUCUGUGUCAGCUCUUCCUUGUUCAGAACAUGCUUCAGAGUGAUGCAUAGAAAGGAAAGCUAACAAAUGAUUCACACAAACGCUUUUCUAAGCUUUGAUUUUGCCACUGGAAGUGACUUCUGUUCCCAGUGCCUACAUUUGAAUCUCAAUAGGGUAAAUUACUUCCUAGAAGCAAUUAUUUUCAAUGUAGUUUACCAGGCUCACAGUGUCAGCACAUGGUGACACUGAGACAUCAUCCCUCUGUUGUAAUGACUGAAUUUGGUGUCGUAAACUAAUGUGCAGAAACAUCUGAAAGUAAUGCACCUACGUGUUGUUUUCAGUUACAUUGGUUGCACAGACAGCUGGAAGUGUGAACUUGCUGAGGCCGAUGGUUCUGAUCAUUGACUAACACAGUCUGUAUUCAGGUAUUUCGUAUAUACAAGUAUGGAUUUGGGGGUGAUGGGAUAAAUCCUGCCCUCAGCAUUCAAGCAGCUGAACAUCAGAAGUUUCUGAAAGGAGUGUGUGGUCAGUUCUGUGAGUAACAGAUCAGCGUGUAUUCAAAAUGGCAAAGAUGGCAGAAAACUUCCUUAGGGAAGGUGCAGUUUUAACCACAUUGUUUACAUUUAAUUGUAAACACUGAGGAGAAGUUAUCUGCACCUCUCUAAUGUGGAAGACUGAAUCCAUUUUAUGUGCGUGCCUUUAUGUAGGUGAUGGGCAGUUGUAAGUAUGUAUAAGAGGAAGAGUCAAGUACUGCUUGUUUAACGGAAUACAUUGAACUAUCUUCUCUAAAAUUAAGAGAACAUACAGCACUGUAGAACAGGAUACAGAAUUUCCUAAUCUUGUUUGUUUUUGUCUUUGAUAAUCAGCUACAGCAAAUUACAUGGAUUGAAAUUACCACAAAAGAUAUUAAUUGCCAAAUGUUUACUUUUAAUUAAAUCUUUUGAACGAUAUACAGUACAAUGUAUCUACUAGACUACAGUUCACAACAUAAAGCAGGUUUCAUAUCUGCUUAAAAAUAUUCUUCAUAAUAAAUUCAUAAAUAGAUGAAGGUAAAGUAUAAAAAAUUACUGUAGUAUGCAAGCCUGCUUCCUUGUCUCCUCAUAUUCCAAGUGACCCAGUCAGUAUUGUAAUAAGAGAAGUAGCUAGUGAAGAUUACAAACAUACAGCCUGCAUCUCUCGAGGAAACCUUGGAAAAACAGCUACAGAUUUGUCCUAGGAAAUGCAGAAUAUUUUUAACACUGUUAUCCUCUAAACCCUUCAAAUCGUUUCAGAAUGUAGUGAAUGAAUUCAAUAUGAAUUAGAGAUCUGUUUUUUCUCCCUGGCAGGUGUAUGAGCCAAACUCACUUGAAUGCUGUUGAGUCUCUAGAGUUGUGCAUCCUCAGGGACUGGGUGUCACAGCCGUCAGGUAUCAGUGAGCGAGGCACAAAAGAGGGAAAAGUUUGUUGAAAGCACUGAGUGCGUCUGACUAUCAGAAAUCUUCACAUUUCUGCACAAAAACAACAUAAAAUCUUAAAACAGUUACAAAUAACUGAAUUCACCUUCUGCUCAGUACCUGUACUAUGCCAUACCUGGGAAGUGAAGCAGUGCCUGAUCUCAUGCAUUGGCUUCCAAGGUUUUGAAAUGGUAGUUUCACAUAGUGCCAUUUCAGCACUUAACUCUACCGACUGAAUCCUCCUGUUACACCACCAGGCUGUUCUAGCAGUUACUCAUCAGUACGUCGCUCUUUUAAAAAGACACACAUAGAGUUUUCUUUUGUCAAGUACCAAAACACUUUUCAUACCUAUCUAUUUUUAUACCACUUACAAAGGGGAAAAUCCUUAUCUAUGCAUAGCAUUGAAUUAGGGAAUUAACAUGAAAAACAAAGAAUGAGUAUGCUCUGCCUUUUCCAUGAAUGAUAUUAUAACCAUUUCCCUUUAUUGAGCUUGCUCCAGUGUUGUUCAUACGUAAGGUACUUCACCUAAGUCAAAAUCUACAGAAACUUGGAUCUCUUCACCUAGUUCUUACAUUUGAAUAAUGUGUCCUUUCAGAUGUCUUGGAGACUGUGGGGGCCUAAGACUGAAGCUCCUACAGUGCAGCCAACUAUGCUCUAGUUUGAGUAAGAAUAAACUUAGUAGGGGAACUUUUGUUCCUAGUAUCAUAAUCCAGAAUUUAAACAUCAGAAAUAUAAAAGCAGGAAAACCUGUAACUGUUGUUAUGGUGUAUUACUUGAACUACGAGAAGGAAAUUACCUGCUUUAAACUGAGUAAUCAUUGACUAAACUGCCCAGAUUUAAUGAGAUAAUGGCUGGCUGACGCAGGUGCAGGCUUUACUUUUCUUGUUCUUAGGAACUUAGUGCUAACUUGUUUUCCAUUGGCCUCAUAUAAAUCAGUAUGUCAAAACAAAGCAACUGUUGACACAAUCUGCCUUCAGUCACACCUAAAGGUACAGAGGUAAUCAGGGUACCUGCCAUUAUCAGUAUUAGUGUGACAGAAAUCCUUGUUGAAAAAAGUCAAUAAGAGCAAAGGAAAUUAAAUAAUAAUAAUAAUAAAAUGCUUUUAUGUUCUUCAGACUAAAAUGACAUGAUAAAAAGGGGCACAAAGGGCUAAACAGGUGCUGGGAAUCAGAAUGUCUUGUUGUGGAAUAGCUCUUUUUUUUUUCUAAAGUAUGUGGUGGGGGCUGCAUUUAAGUGCUCACAUCUGAGAUUUUUGCUGCUUUGAAUAGUUCUGUGACUAUGUUCAGUAGAGUUGAAAGAAAACUAAUGUGACCUGCCCAACAAAACUAAUGUAUGCAGGAGGCUUGUUUUCAGACCAAAAUCUCAGCGGGCUGGUCAGCACUAAAAAUACUACAAUGUUAAAACUGAGAUAAUAUUUCCCAGAUCUUUACAUCUCUUCCUCUAGGGAGAAAAAGAACUAUUGGAUCUGAGAAGAGUUCCCACUUCCCUCAGGACUGACAUGAGAUGGCGAAAGGCAUUCAAAGAGUGAACCCGAUGCUGGCUGGCUAUGAGAUUAAGUGAUAGAGGUGUAAAUCUCAGUAGAGUAAUAUGGCAGGGAAGCACUAGGGAAAGGCUUUGAGGUUAUUUGAGCGUCAUACUGCUCAGAUGUAUGAAGAAUGUGAAGGGUUACUGAAGUAAUGCAUUUAAAUACAUAUGACAAUCUGUUCUUCAUAUAAAUCUGGUUUUCCUCUGAAGUCAAAGAAAAAAAUGGAGUAAGAGCUCCAGUUUUCAUGAAGCUCUAAGAAAUCUCUGCAGUGUAAAGAGGGCUUCAUUUGGUUUAGUUACUCCCUCACCUGCACUUUGAGUGCACGUUAUACUGAGAAUAGUAAAAUCAUGAGGACUUUUCUGUUCUCAAAUGUUUUAAUUUAUAUAUAAAACUUGUUUUGCAAAACAAAUAUUAGCAGGUUUCUAGGUUUACAUUUAUUUGAAACAAUGUUUACCUAAUUAUAAAUAUUACUUAAAAUAUCCAUCCAUAAUGAUGGACUGGAUGGCUAAUGGGAGGUAAAAUGAGGUUAAAUAAAAAAUCAGUGCAGAGAAUAACACUGCCCACACUCCUGGGAACCACAUUCUGCUGAUGAUUGCAGUUCAGUAUUUCCCUCUGCAUUCCAUUCUUAAUUGUUAUAGGGCAGGGAUCAAUGUUCCCUUCUGUGUUGAUGUAAUAUUUUGCACACUUUGGGCACUGCCAAAACAAAAUGAUAAAUACAUGGUCAGCCAAGGAGAUCUGCUUAAAGGCAGUGUGCCAUAGUCUUGUUAAUGAUCAGCUGCCAGUAAACAGGGCUCUUGGCAGAAGUUUAUGCUGUGAACUCUAAUCAUGUGCUACUGAAUUAUUCACUUGAUGUACAUCAGUGCACAUUUGUAACCUGAGAGUUGAAACAAUUUCUUUUACCUGUAAAUCUCAGGUUUAUUGCUACUCGCCUUCUUCAUCCAGGCAGCCUUUAGAGUUGGAGGACAAAGCUGACAUGAAGCCAUAGUCUAUUUACAAAAAUCAAAUCUGAACCAGUGGGGGUCGGCAUUGGAAAAUGCAGCGAACAAAUCACUGGAUGUAUCUCCUGUCUUCUGACUGAGACAAACUCGACCUGCAGAGUCACAGCCUUCAGCCAUAGCAUAAAGGAGAAAUGGGAGCUGAUACUAAGGAAAGGUCAGCUCCUUGCUCUAUGGCUGCUCAUUUACUAGAUGGGACUUUAAACUAAGCAAGUGGAUUUCUCCAUUUAGUGCACUGGAAGAUCUGUGUUACUUUUGUGUCUUGUUCCAGUUUUGAGUUACUGUGUAAAUGGCUGAUUUGAGUAGUAGCAAUACUGUCCUUAAAUGCACGUGAAAUUUUAUCCACAUGGAUUAAAUAAUUUGGCACUAACCCUGCAGAUACUGGAGGCUGAGCUUUGUGGAUGCUGACCUGCAGGACUGUAACCUACAAGCUGUAAACUAUACAAAGUUAUGACAAGUCCAAUGCUUGCCAGUAUUCUGUAGCUUAAGGACUAUCAAACCAGGAGGAAAAACAGUAACCAGAACUGAAUUUUAGCUUGGACUGUCUGCAUAAGUUUUCCUGGGAGUGGAAUGCAAGACUUCUAGAGUUUGGACAGUUCUAAUUUUUGGUUUUUAGCUCCCAGUGGGAACUCACUGCCUGCUAUCUUGGGAUGUAGGAGAGCUGGAUAUGUCCUGGAAAUGCUACUGGGUAUGUCUCCAAAAUGCUACUGAAUACUGUGGCUUAAUCUGCCCUUCCAUAUAAAACAUUACGGUUGUGAAAACAAUGCUAAGUGAAAAAUGCAAAGCCCUUCCAGUCUUAGAACUAUAAAACUUGAAAUCUAGUCCCUUAGAAUAGAAGCAAACAGGAUACAAAGCUUAA